AUGGCUCUCGCACUCGCCCGUCUCGCUGCGCGUCGCGGCUUCUCUAGCGCUCACACACAGCGCACUCAGUUCGAGUCGCUCUGUCGGGAGCACGAGGAGCUGCUGCCUGCGUCGACUGUGACGAAGCGCUUGCUCGAUUACCUGCUGGUGGCCCCCCAGGACGUCCAGCAAGUGCUCGCGGCCGACGCGAUCCGUCCGCUGCCAUACAAGACGCUGUAUGCCCCGGCGCAAGUGCACCGACUCACGCCUCUGGUUCAAUGGAGUUUCCAGCAAGUGAUGACCGCUCCGGAGGUAGCCAAUACCGUGUUCACUGCGCUGGAGCCGCACGCCAAUAUGGCCCGACGGGCCAUGUGGCAGCAGUACUAUCGACGCCAGUUCUUCCUGUCCGGAGCUCCCAUGCGGGCGUACUUGCUGGCGUACAAGCACCACAAAGAUCGUGUUGCAGCUACGCAAGGGGGACAAGGUGGGGUGGAAGGAGAGAGUGGAGGGGAGGCUCAAGAGGAGGUAGAGGCGAAAGGAGACGGCGACGUGUCUCUGAACAAGGACCUCGGCAUGGACACCGCUUCGAUCCUGACCGACAACAACGAGUGGGAAUGGGUUCCAUCGCAUGUCGCCUUGAGUGUCGCCAGGGAGUUUUGCUUUCGUGGACGCUUCGAUGAGGCCAUUGAGGCCUACACGUCUUUGCCGUUGAGCAUCCUCGCGCGCCAAAAAGUAGCGGCGAUCUUGCAUGACUAUGAGCAGUACCCGUCUUUGCUUCGUAUCUUCGAGAUCCAUCGUGCAACGGGAGACGCUGCGGUGCCACUAGACGCUGCACUGGAACUGGAUGCGCUCAAAAAGAUCGGUCGUGUCGAUGAGGUGGACAUGCGCUUCCAGGCACUGCCGGCCAAGGACAAAUGCCGCGCGGAUAUCCAGCAACUCAUGGAAACGUGA